AAAAAAAAAAAAAAAAAAAAAAAAAAAAAAGGUCUCUUACAACAUCUCUCUACGGAUGAAGUACCGAAACGGUGCUACUGUUGUACGCUUCUCGCAACCCGGUGCUGUUUUUUGCCCCGAGGAGAAAGUCGUGAAUGAAGUUGCCGUGAUGCGGUUUCUCAUGGAUCAGACGUCCAUUCCUGUUCCAUUUAUCCUCCAUUCUGGUACGAAGAAGGGGAGUCCCCUUGAACUGAGCCCAUUCAUUAUGGUGGAUUAUAUCGAGCACGAGACGAAAAUGUACGAUGCUCUCAACAUAUCGGGGUGUCUGAAAGAGGAACGCGGAAUCUUGGACCCGAAUAUCGACCAGGACAGGCUUGGGAUACUGUAUGGGCAGAUGGCGGGUAUUCUGCUUUAGCUUUCCAUUCCCUCGUUGCCCCGGAUAGGAUCGCUUAGCCAGAUCGAUGAUUUUACCCGGGACGUGAUACGCCGGCCUUUGUCGAUGAAUAUGAAUGAUCUUAUGCGACGAGGGUGUUUGCCGCGAUCAAAACUUUCUGAUGCAAACGCUACAUUUAACACAAAUUUUUCAUAUCUCGAAGCCCUAGCAUCUGAUACACCAAAUAAUGUCCUUCUCAACGAGAGUAUGCAGGAGAGCUGGGAGAGUGGAGAUUUCUGGAUCGUGUAUUCUGUGCUGCAUAGUUUUGCUUUUGAUGCUAUUUACUGGUUGAAGAUUGACCCGCGGUUCUUUGGGGAUGCUGAGAGUCCCGAGGAGGCAUGGGAUCCAGAUGAGUAUACUGCGGCUUUUCAUGGGCAAUUGAAGAGUGAGAAAGCGGAUGGAGCACGCGAGAUUGAGAACGAAGUGAAGGAGGAUAAGAGAAACUAUAUCGAAGCUGACGUUGGUGGGGCCGAACCCUUGGGGAUCUCAGGGACAGAUACCAUAAGCACUAACUUGUCUCGCUAGUUGCGAUCGCAGGUAUAAUUUAGUACUAGUGGGAACAGAAUCUCUCCCAAUGGUUCAAUCGUGGAAGUUUGUGCAAAGCAAUGCAUUUCUUAUCUUCAAUCCCCGGGCUUAUAAUAAGCUCAGUGCAUGCAGAGACUUGCUUGAUUAAAUUAAAUCAGCUGAUCAUCAACUGAUUAUCAGAAGUCACCAGAGACAGAAAUACAUCAACAUUCUCCACGACCACUAUCCUCGCGAACAAGACGCGAGCUUCAAUACAGUACUAAGAAUGCUCAGAUACAUAUCUGACGCAUACCGAUCAUUACUUACCUCUUACCUCCCUUGUCCAGUAUGGUAUCGAUAGCAAUUCCUCUUUCUUAAAAUUAAACUAUUAA